UCUGCGCAGGAGUCACUCCCCACCCGCAAGCAGCACUUACGUUGGAUGGCUGUGCGACCAUGCCGAGGUGUAGUGCGAGCGGGGCAGGGCUUUGCAGUGGCGGUGGGUGUCGGGGUGGCUGAGCCAAACUAAAAUGGUUGCACUCCUGCUUGUCCUGUUGGGAGCCUUCCGGUUUAUUGCUUCCGGUUCCUCAUCUCAUUCCAUGGAUGGCAUGUACAGUGCAUUGUGGGAGCCCAGCCAAGGACUGGUCCAGUUCAGUGGGGUAACGUAUGUGGAUGGCCAGCUCGCUACUUACUACGACAGCCAGACGAGGCGGGCCCAGCCUCGCAUCUCAUGGAUGAAGAAUGUGGAGAAGUACUAUCCUCAGUUCUGGGAUAUAAACACUUGGAGAUUUCAGAGCAGUGAGCAGAGGUUCAGAAGGGACCUGGUGAAUCUGCAAAAACAUUACAACCAGACCAGAGGCUUUCACACCUGGCAGUUGGCGUGUGGCUGCGAGAUCCACGAAGACGGCCGGAGAGAAGGUUAUUGCCAGUACGGCUACGACGGGAAGGACUUCCUCUCCUUCGACAAGGAGACGCUCACCUGGACGGCAGCAGAUGUGCCGGCCCAGUUUACCAAGCGGAACUGGGAGGUUGACGUCACUUGGUCUCGUCAUUUGAAGUUCUACCUGGAGGAGGAGUGCCCUGAUUGGCUGCCGAAACUCUUGGAGUGUGGAAAGGAGGAGCUGCAGAGGAAAGAUGCAGACCACUGCACCAAAUGUCCAGAAGAUCAAUAUCCAAACAAGGGCAGAGAUCAGUGUAUCCCCAAGACUAUCACAUUCCUGGAUUAUGAAGAACAUUUGGAGAUCAUCUUAGCUUCAAUUUCCUUAUUCUUUGCUUUAACCACAGAGAUUGUGUUAGGAAUCUUCACUAAAUUCAAGGAAACACCCAUAGUCAAAGCAAACAAUUGGGAUCUCUCCUUCAUCCUCCUCAUCUCCUUCCUGCUUUCCUUUUGGUCCUCCUUCCUCUUCAUUGGCCAGCCAAGGAGAGUGACCUGCCUUCUCCGACAAACAGCCUUCAGCAUAAUCUUCUCAGUUGCUGUUUCUUCUGUCUUGGCAAAAACCAUCACUGUGGUGCUGGCCUUCCUGGCCACAAAGCCAGGGAACAGGCUGAGGAGAUGGCUGGGGAAGAGUCUGGCCAACUCCAUUGUCAUUUCCUGCACCAGUGUCCAAAUUGUCAUCUGCACCAUCUGGCUGUGGAUUUCUCCACCCUUCCCAGACUCAGACAUGCACUCCCAGCCUGGAGAGAUCAUCCUGCAAUGCAACGAAGGGUCUGUCACCAUGUUUUAUGGUGCCCUCAGUUACAUGGGCUUCCUGGCUGCCGUCUGCUUCACAGUGGCUUUCCUUGCCAGGAAGCUGCCUGGGGCCUUCAAUGAAGCCAAGCUGAUCACCUUCAGCAUGCUGGUCUUCUGCAGUGUUUGGGUCUCCUUUGUGCCCACCUACCUGAGCACGAAGGGGAAAUACAUGGUAGCCGUGCAGGUCUUCUCCAUCUUGGCCUCCAGCGCUGGGCUUCUGGGCUGCAUCUUCAUUCCCAAAUGCUAUAUUAUUGUACUGAGGCCUGAUCUCAAUACAAAGGAGCACCUGACGACAAAAACUAAAGAUGGCAUCUGAUUGUUGCCAUAUUUAUUUUUGCCUAUUUCCAGCAGAACAGAAAUGAAAUCCACAUACUUGUCUUGGGAAUACGGCUCCUUUUAUAUAAAUCUGUCUUCAUUCUGUACAAAUCAUGAAUGAUGAAAAUGAAUGCAUAAUUAUUGCAAUGGCCACAGACCCUUUGGGCUUUAUGUUUGACAUGUUUUGCUUCAUCACAGCCUGAUUCCCACUUGAUCAGCCACAAUAUAUUUGUGCUGGUAAUGCUCAUCCGGUGUCACCCUGAGUCAUUUUUCAGGAUUAUUUUCUAGCAAAUAUUGUUCAGUGGCAACAUUGCGUUAAAUCAUCAUUAUCUUCUGUUUAUUUUUAUGGUAACCUUUCCACAAAAUUAUGCUCAAAGUAGAUCACAAUAAUCCAAAUGAAGAAUAAAUAUAACAGAUCUUAGAAACUAUUAAAAAUAGUAUCAAUGAGUAAGUAAAAGAUCAAUCCAAUAUUCAAUAAAAAUACAAAAAAGCUAACCUAACUUUAAUAGCUUAAAAUAAACUAAAUGAUAGUUCCAACACAAAGAUAGUUCACUAGCAUCCAAAUGAUCACCACAUUCCAGAUAAUGUACUUGUAUCCAAUAAUUUGGACCUGAGACUCAGUCUUCAAACACCCAUGGUCCUCAUCCCAUCUUUCACCAGGUGCAGUGCAGACACUUCCACCCUGCUUCUCACCCAGAGGGGCCUUUUGCCCACCAUUAUUGUGUGCUCACCCCAUAUAGCAGCCAAUAAUUUUCUUUCUACACUCUUCCACUAUGCAAUAUAGAAUCAUCCAGGCUGGGGCCACAAACAACAUUUCAAGGGGUUACACCCCUAUGGAGCCCCCUGAACUAUAGAUGCUAAAAGUGUAUCCCCUGCCCAGAGCUUGGAAGUAACUCGUUAUUUUUAACGAGUUACUUGUAAUUCGUUACAAUUUUAAAUAACGAGUGGGUAAUUCCAUUACAUUUGGCAAGUAACGGAACGACUAGUAAUUUCCCUACUUUUCAGCUGCAACUCUGACGUUUCCACGUUAGGUUGCACAUUACUUGGGGGCGGGAACAAGGGGAAGUCAGCUCCUGGCUGUGAUUGGUUAACACAAGACAUGUGUCUCACACUGAUUGGACCUCUGCACAGACUCUCUCUUCCCUCGUGAUCUGUGUUAGGAGGCACGAGGGAAGAGGUGAAUAGGCAGGGCCUGCUAGCAUCUGAGAGGAAAAAAUGGACGCCGGAGGAAAAAGCCAGGGCAAGGACAACGGAGGAGAAGGCAGCAGCAGAAUGGCGAAGAGCUGUGGAGGUGAGUGACGAUGAUUUGUGUGUUUGUGUGUGUGCCCCCCGCGGCACCGUUCUGCCCCCCCACCCCCCCACGGCCCCCUCCAUCAAUCACAAGGCACUUCUGAAACUUCGGCCUUCUCUUCCUUCCCCCCCUUUUUGAACUUUCCCCCUUGUUCCCAUGCAUACCUGUGUGCUGUAUUUAUCCAGACAGAGCACUCCUGCCUUUUAAAAUGCCGGCUAGCUUUUUAUUAUAUAUUUAUUUC